AUGGUUAAGGAUUGUAUGGAAUAUGCAAAGAAGUGUCAAUCGUGUCAAUUUCACUCAAAUUUUAUACACCAACUCCCUGAACCACUCCAUCCUACGAUUGCGUCAUGGCCAUUUCAUGCAUGGGGGCUUGACGUGGUCGAACCCAUUACUCCUAAAUUCUCUGCUGGGCAUGCUUACAUAUUAGCAGUAAUAGAUUAUUUUUCUAAAUGGGCGGAAGUUGUGCCACUUAAAGAAGUGAAGAAAGAAAAUGUAGUGAACUUCAUUCGAAGUAAUAUUAUUUAUCGGUAUGGGGUGCCAAGAUACAUAAUCACUGACAAUGGGAAACCCUUCUAUAACAAAUUGAUAAGUAAUCUCUAUGAGAGGUUCGAUUUCAAACAACACAAUUCAUCAAUGUACAAUGCACCGACCAAUGGUCUCGUAAAGGCAUUCAACAAGACCCUUUGCAACUUAUUGAAGAAAAUUGUUGAUAAGUCAAAAAGGGAUUGGCAUGAACGAGUAGGAGAAGCACUUUGGGCAUAUCAAACAACAUAUCGAACACUUACACAAGCAACCCCUUAUUCUCUCAUUUAUGGUGUAGAAGCUGUAUUGUCCCUUGAGCAUCAGAUCCCUUCAUUAAGGAUUGCGAUACAUGGAGGACUAACUGAUGAAGAUAACGCCAAGUUAUGUCUUCAAGAGUUAGAAACACUAGAUGAAAAGUGA